AACACAGUUGCCUGCUGGUCUGUGUCUUAGCAAGCUAAAUCCUGCCGAGUCCUUAAAGCUAUACAAGUGCAGCAUCAAGAUCAACAUUCAGUAAGAUGAACAGGAUUCUGCUGCUGGUGGCCUUGGCGGCCAGUCUUGUGGCUGCUGGAAGGAUAACUAUGAAUCCGGAGCGGAUUCAGGGUAUUGAUCGCAUGUCCCUGGAGGAUCUGCAGCGCCAGAAGUUGAUCCUGGAUAUUGUGCAGAACAUUCGCCAGCCCUUGCAGCAGAACGAGCUGAUCCAGUUGGAUCAGGGUCUGAUUGUGGACAGCCAGCGCUAUCGCGGCGGCAUUGAUGUGGAGAUGCAGCGCGUCAUCGACUUGGAUCGCCAGCGCCGGCUGCUGGACGAGCACCAGGUGUACUCGUUGGGUCGCUUGGAGGAUGUGCAGCAGCUGCGUGGCAUCUACCGCCUGCUGGUCCGCUCCCUGGACUGGGACACCCUGCGGCGGAACGUGGUCUAUCUGCGCCGCAACAUCAAUCCGGUGCUGCUGGUCAAUGCCCUGGCCCUGGCCAUUCGCGAUCGCGAUGACACCCGCUCCCUGAUUGUGCCCGCCGUCCAGGAGCUGCUGCCCGAAUUGUAUCUGGACGAGGAGGUGAUCGAGCAGGUGCGCAGCGUGCAGCGGGAGCAAUCGCAGCGACCCUCACUCAUGGACAUUGUGGGUCUGCGCCAGCGCACCAUGAAUCCCAUGAUGAACAUUCUGAUGCCCUGGCGGGAGAUUCACCUGCAGAUGGCUCUGCUGCGGCAACAGCAGCAGCAGAAGAACCGCCAGAAUGUUGUGGGUCAGAGGCGAGUGGUGAUUCAAGCCGAGAACCAGGGACAGAUCGAGGGCACCUCUCUGCUCACCGAUGACAUUGCCCUGCGCAACUUUGUGCAGAUUCUCAUCCAGGAAUUGGCCAUGCAGGAGGAUGUCACUGAGGAGGAGCGUGAGCAGUUGAUCAACAGGGGGCAACAGGAGCAGGAGCACCAAUGGAUUGGUGAUCGGUCGCAAUGGAUACACAGGGAGCGGGAAAUGGGUCAGGAUGUGGACACUGGUCGUCUGCUGCGCGUGAACCGUCGUCGUCUGCUGGAGCAGGAUCAGGAUCAGGGUCAGAACAUCUAUGGCAACCAAAGGGAGCGUUUCCAGCGUCUGCUCAACCGCAAUGAUGACAACGAUAAUGAUGAUGAUGAUGAUAUUCGCAUGGGUCGUGUGCAACUGCAGCGUGGAAUCAGCCAGGGAGGUCUCCGCAUCGGAGGAGGAGUUCGUGACCUGCCCACCGUGAGUGUGGACAGCAACCGCCUGCUCCACGUGAACCGUCGUCGCCUGAAUGCCAUCAACCAGGAGGACCAGCAGGAGGAUCAGCUUUCGGGACGCCAGCGUUUGAUGGGCCUGAUGAGGAGAAACCGCGUGAGUGAGGGUCGUCGCGUUGGCCAGCUGGAUGAGGUGCGUCAGAACGAAUGGCAAAUGAAGCGUCUGCGCCAGAACCAGAACCAGAACCAGGACCAGGAUGACGAGCAGCAGGACCAGAUCCAGAGGCAAGGACGUCGCUUGGGUGUCCAAGAUCAAUUGGAGAGCGUGAGCCGAGAUGAUGAGCGUUUGGUGCACAUCAACCGACGACGCCUCAACCAGGACAUCACCCAACAGCAGCAGGAGCAGCAGCAGCAGCAGAGGACUAUGCCCCGCAGAAUCCACUCCAUUGGCGAGGGUCGUCGUGUCCUGGGAGAUCGCCUCAUCCAGGAUGAGGACAUCCUCAAGCUCAUCCGCAGCGACAACCGUCUGCAAAUGAUGAACGACGAUGAAAUCCUGGAGAUGCUCAAGAGGAACCGCCAGCAGCGUUUGGAGAAGCAGCAAAACGCCAAUGAUGAUGAUGAUGACAACGAUGACAACGAUGAUGAUGAUGAUGAGGAGCGCCGUCAGGGAGUGCGAAGCCGUCGUAGUCUGCCCAAUCUCCGCCAGCAGAACAGCCGACGCAGCGAGAUCCUCCUGCACAAUCUCCGCCAGCUGGUGGCCCGCCUCAACCAGGAGAGCAUCUCCCAGGGACAGAUGAUCGAGCAGCAGCAGCAGCAGUGGAUCAACAAUCCCCGCCUGUCGCAAAACGAGAGAUACGCCCUCCGGAUGAACCAAAUCCGCAUCGAUUCGCAGCGCAACCGUGAAGUUCUCGGGCAGAUUGGCCAGAUUGAGCAGCGUCUGCAGGAGGUCAUUGGUCAGGUGCUGAACCAGGUGAACGUGAACUCGCUGCGUGGUCAGAUGGAGGAUCAACGCCAGGUGGAGUCCCUGAUCGCCGAUGUCCUGCUGGGUCGCCUCGGCCAGGUGGGCAUUCUGAACAUCAUCCGCCAACUGGUGCAGGACAACGCUAGCAACCGUGGCCAGCAAAUCGAUCGCAAUGGCUUGGGCAUCCGGCUCAGCGAUCCCGUGGUGCAGCACACUCUCCGCCGGAUCGUGAGGAUCGUGGACCAGCAGCGGGAGCAGAUCCUGGGCGACUACCGCCAGGAGCAGCUGCAGAUGCGCGGUGUUGCCAUCAACGAUGUGCGCGUGGACAAGCUGCGCACCCGCAUCGAGGAACAUGACCUGGACCUCAGCAAUCUGGUCGAGGGGCGGCAACAGGAGAUUGUGGGUCGCCAGCGACGCCUCAACAACCGGGCCUUCACCAUUGACAUGGACAUCACGGCGGAUCAGGACCAGGAUGCCAUCAUUCGCGUGUUCCUGGGACCCGGCGAGGAUCAGCAGGGCAGACAGGGCGUGUCCCUGGACGAGCGUCGCCGUGAUUUUGUCCUCCUGGAGGCCAUCGAUGUGCAGCUGCAGUCGGGACGCAAUCGCAUCCAGCAGCGGUCCAUCGACAUCCCCUGGACCAGUCGCGAUGUGACUCCCCUGGGCGAGAUCUAUCGCCGGGUGAUGCUGCAGCUGAGGGGCCAGCAGGAGCAACCGGUUGUGGGUGGUGUGGGCAUCCAGGAGUUGGUCGGCGAGAACGGACGCUUCCCGCAGCACUUGCUGCUGCCGCGUGGACGACCCGAGGGCCUGCCCAUGCAGCUCCUGGUGGUGGUCUCUCCGCUGGUGGAGCAACAGGAGCGCCAAAUCGUUCCCGACAUCAGCAUUGGCAUCGGAUCCGCCUCCCUGCGCGAUGCCCGUCCCUUGGGCUAUCCUCUGGAUCGUCCCAUCCGCAACGAGCAGCAGCUGCUGCAGCUCUCCAACAUCCACCUCCAGGAUGUGGUCAUCAUCCAGGAGAACUAAGUCCCUCAUAAGGGUGUUUCCAACAACCGCAACCGAUCGACAGGCCAAGCCAUCGCCCAUGGACCCAUCUGAAAAGACCCAAACGAACCCUAGCUUAAGUCUAUCGAACCUUAAUCAAUUUACAAUAGCAAAAUGUUGAAUAUUCUUGUAAUCGAUUUAUCUAUAUUUGUAAUUAAAAUCUUUGCAAGCGAUGCAAACAAGCAUUAAA